CUGACAUCAAACCCCUGAAUGCACAUCAAUUCUGAUUGCCACCCACCCAACUGUCUCCCACCCGAAUACACAUACACUGUGUGUUAGCAGCUUUAGUGACGUAGGUGGAGGCAGCAGACCACACAUGCAGAGCCCUUUAAAACAGACACAUCGCUCACUCAUUUUUAUCUUUCUUUGGACUUGGACACAUCAAGACUGCUGCAGGUGAGAACAGAGUGUUGUACAAACUUUCUUCCUCUGCUGCUAGUUUUUAAAAUGUGUGCUCUGCUGCAUGCAUUUAAUGUCUUAUUCUCCAUAUCUUUUCUCUUGUUUGGAUUUGUGUGCAGACCUUACACUCCUUUUUCACCAAAAAAACAACAAUGUGGUUCAUCGGAAAGAUCCGGGAGAGCAUGGAGAGCAUUCCUCUUGAGCUGAGUCGCUACAUGGAGAAGAGCGAGGAGGAUAUCAGUCCGUCCUCUGAAGCCAGUCUCACUCGCAAUCUGCCGAACAACAUCCUCACCCCAGACAAGAUCCCCGAGUUCUGCCUGCCGCCGCGGCUUUGCAAGAGGAACCUGCUGCAGGAAGUGGAAACUUUGGCAUCUCUGCAGCACAGUCAGACACCUAAGAGUAGCACUUCUUCUUCAAACGCCACAAGGAAGGAGGAUAUGAUGAAGAAAAAUGGAGAAGCGUCGGCGGCUUUACAAAGAAAGAAGCCCUUGCCGUUUUCUGCAGAGGCAUACGGCCUGGUCGGGAUGUAUGAGCGUCCAAACACACGGAGGAAAGAGUCUUUGUUCCACCACUCAAAGAGCCCCGCUUACAUGUUGGAUAGAAACGUUCCACCAAAGCUGUCAGAGGAGAAGAACCAGCAGAAGAAGACUUCAUCAGGGUUCCUCCCUCUGUUUCUAUGCAAGAGCCUGUCAGAGACGGGAAGCACGGAAAGUGAAACGCAUUCUUCCAGCGACUCCUCUCCCCUCAGUUCACCCUACAGCGCAAAAUCCUCCCUCUACAGCGGUCGUCUCAAGGGAGCAACAUCCUGUCCUUCUUUGAUUGACAACAGGGAGGAUAGAGGGAGGUGGAGGAGGAAGAUGGGGUUUCUAAGUCUGACCACCUCUCCAAGUGGCCCUCCAAAAUUAGAGGGAGGCUUUCUGACCUCAGCCCCGUCUGUCCCCUUCCCUCUGCACGACCAGCGAGAGCAUCUCCUCUCUUUGAACGGGCGAGGUAAAGUGCGCCUCCUCGCUGAGCUCACCACAUCGUCCCCCAGUAAUAACUCGUACUUUUCCACAGUCAGAAUCCGUGUGAUGUCUGUGGAAGGUAUAUAUAACCAGACUGACCGACGGGCCCUGAACUGUGCGCUGAGUCUGUGUCUGACCCCCGGGAUGCUUCAGCAACAGGAGAGCACCAGCAGCAGGAACUGCCGCAGCCCCGUGUUUAAUGAGGAUUUCUUCUUCUCAAAGCUCAGUAGAGAGGAUCUGGUGGAGCUGCAGCUCAGGUUGAAAGUGGUGGAUAAGCCUGCGGCUGCAGCACAGAGGAGAGGGGUCGUGAUCGGACUGAUCACCACACCGCUGUCUCAGUUACUCGAUCUUAAACAUGGGUAGAUUAAAAACCUAUUUUGCAAGGGCGACGAUACCCUAGUGGUUAUGAUGCAUGCCCCGUGUACAGAGGCAAUAGUCCUCCAUGGGUUUGAAUCUGACCUCUGCCCUUUGCUGCAUGUCAUCCCCCACUCUCUCCUCCAAACAUUUCCUGUCUCUCUUAACUAUCUUAUCUAAUAAAGGCAAAAUUGCCCCAAAAAAUAUUGUAAAAAACAAACAUUUUGCUAAAUUUGCUGGGAAUAUAAAACGUUGAAUUUUGUCAACAGCAUUCCAUAUUGAUAUUAUUAGAAUAUUGCAAAAUAAAUGGUAAGAAAUAAAGUAAAAUACAGGACUUUUUGGUUACUAAACUAAUGUUUAAUGUUUUUGGAAAUGUUGCAAGAUUAUUAGAAUAUUAGGUAACAAGGAGCAGUUUUUCUAAAUCAUAGUUGUUAGUGAUUUCAAUGUAUGUUUGUUAUCUUUCUUAAUCUCCAAAAAGUCCAACCCUCACCAAAAAGCUUUGUCAACCACCGACCAAACAGCAGUGUGAUAUGUAGCAUGUUUGUGUUUGUUUACCUUGUUCUGCUCGUAACUCUCGGACUGCACCAGAGGAAGCACAUGACACAGAUAAGUUCUGGAUCUGCAAGUUGAAUGAGGAGGAAAUCCUUGUUAAAGAAGGAAACACAACGGAGAGAUACAGGAUUACAUAAAUUUGUAUUUUGCUUGUUAUCAGAAGUUGUAAUCAGUAUAACGCGCAGAUUUCCUAAUACUGAUUUUAAACUGUCAUGAAGGUUCCUCAAUGCUUUCUCUGUUUUUUUUGUUAUACUAAUAAAAUGUGUGUUUUAGCUUCAGUGUAAUAAAGAAGUGAAUCAUGAACUUUAACUGAAAGAUGUUUAUUUUUAUGGUUAAGAUAAAGCAGCACAGAUGCACGAUAAAAUGUUAUUGGCUUGAUUGUCAUGUUAAAACCAAAAUAACUGAGAGUAGAAAUAGUAACUCCUUCGUAUGACAACAUCACAAUUUUUCUAAGUAUAUUUUUUCCUCUUUCCUAACUACAUUUAUGCUUUUUUAAAUGUUGAUAUUUGGGGGGUUUAGUGGUUAUAUAUUCCCUUUAAUAUGACUUCACAUAGUUGUUUCCAUUUAAGCCAUUUCCAGGUUUCCAACACACCCACGAACAUGCUUUUACUGUAUUUUCUCUUUGUGUGUUAUCAUUUUAU